UUUUUUUUUUUACAUAUAUUUCUGUUGUAACAUUUGUCAUUUGUACAUUUUCUUUUGUGAAUCUUUUAUUUCAUGUGAAACUCAUUUUGAAAUUUGACAGUGUAAAAUAUGGCCAAGUGGACAGUUUUUCUCUACUUCUCUAUAUUGACCGUAAUCUGAAUUUUGCAUUUAUAGUAGAAGUAAGAUUUGAAUACAGAUCAAACCAGUAUUCAAAUUGAGCACACGGACUGUCGGUGAAGCGGGAAAAACAUUAGUGUGGUAGAUGAACAUUAGUUGCAGAUUAAUCAUUCAUAAAUUAUUAACACAAAGAUAGGAUUUAUAAUCUAGUUUGAAUACAAGCAUUGGACAUUUAUAAUGGAAGAAAACAGUAGGUGGACCCAUCCCAUUGGCCCCAAUGCAGCUCUAAAUAAUUUACAUCUUGCAGCUCCAAAGCUGAUCAAACAACAAAAAAACUAAAGACUAAAAAUUUUAUUUGGAUAUUUAUCAUUACACAAAUAUGUUUAGUUUAUUCCCUUUCUGGGACCAAGCCCUUACAAAAAAAUCCCAUGAAAAUCAUGUUUUCACAUGUGAAAACAUUUGAUUUUACCACGAAAUGUUCCAAAAUCACACAUAUACAUGUGCUUUCACAUGUGAUUCACAUCAUUCACAUGUAAAAAGUUGUAUGAACCACAUACAUGUGAUCGCAUGUAAUUUUCAUGGGAUUUGUUUUUGUAAGGGAGGGUCAAAGUGUGAAUAUUGAAUAUGACCAGAAUUAGCACGUGGCUAUUAAUGAGCAGUUAAAAGGUAAAUAAUAAGUUAAAGGUAAAACGUUUUGGUCAAGAGAAGUAAUUAACAAAAUUCACUUAUAUAAACAGCACUAGAAAUAUACCAUAUUUUAUCCCGUGGAAAGAAUUAAAGUGUGAUAACGUCAUUCAAAAUGGCGGCUUGUAUUAAUUGAUUAAUCUAUGUCUAGUGUUAUCUAGAAACUAUCCACCGUCUGCCUCAUGAACUCUGGGUUAGGUUAGGGUUGCAGAAGUAACCCUCCAGUUUUUGAAGUAUUCUGUCAUUAAAAACACGCAGGGUAUUUUUUAAAUGUUUUUUCAAAGAGCGAGAAUAAAAAGGACGGACCAUUUUCUUCUGAUUUAAGCGUGACAGCUCACUUACGGCGCCCCCUGUAAAUAUCUGGGAAGCGUUGGACCACUCCCCCUGUUUCAGCGGGUCAUUCCCGUCCACAGCUGGCCCACGAUGGACACGUCUCCCUUGAAAAGCCUCCUUGUGGGCCGUUUAAUGCCAGAGAAAUGCUACGAGGAGCUUUUCGUCCGCUUGCAUUUGCACGGUCCCUGUCUAAAGUUUGUGUUGAACAAAAUUGUCGGAUUUUGGAUCAUACUGGACACAUUUUUGGCACAGUUCCCUCAGCUGCUGAAGCUGCUGUGGAGAGGAAGUGCAGAAGGCCUGAGUCUGACCGCCUUCCUGCUGCAGCUCUAUGCUUUGUCAUGUCCGGUUGUCUACGCUGCAUCCAACAACUUCCCAUUCUUUGCCUGGGCUGAGAGGCUCUUCACUUUGGCUCAGACAGCAACCAUCAUCUUCCUCAUCCUGCAUUAUCGCGGUGAAACCCUCAAAGGAAUGCUACUGCUCUUGGGUUUUGGUGGCAUAAUCCUCCUCCUGGUUUCGUUUGCGACUGCGGCCGUCAUCAGACUGGUGUACACCUCCACUCUGGCAGCUUUCAUUUUAAGCAAGGUUGUUCAAACAGUAACAAACUACCAGAAAGGCCACACAGGGCAGCUGUCCAGCCUGUCAGCGUUACUGUCAUGUACAGGUGCUCUUGGUGCUGCCUUUGUUUCUGUACAGGAGAGCGGAGGAUCUUUCACUACUUUGUCUCACAUACUGUCCACAUGUCUUAGCUUUGUCCUAGUGGCUCAGAUAGUCUGCUACAAGAGGAGCAGUGGCUCUGCUGCCAAGAAGACGGAUUAGCUUCAGAGGCAGCAAGUGUUUCUAUGACUAAGAUAUUGAUGUAUGAAUGAUUUUAAUAAUAUAUAGUUGUUGUGCAACACUGUGUGAAGGAUAUUUCCUCUCUAAUACAAGGCGCAUGUUGUGUUUGUUAUUAGAAUUUUUGUGAAGUUUUUAAUACCUUGUGUCUAUAGGUUAGCUACAACUGUUAGCAGAAUAAAACGUCAUGUGGCGCCCUCUAGUGGCUUUGCCAAAAACGACAUUCUCAGAUUUCAGUCCUAAUGAGGAUUUGUGAAUGCCUUCUUUUUAUUUAAUACCAGCCAGUUCUUAUUUAUGCUCAGAAUAUCCUCCAUUUGUGAGUUUGGUAUUUGAAAGGAGCCGUGUAAGUGGCAGUCAUUUGCAUAAAAAUGAAAUAUGAUAUAGUAUUGGGCUAUGAGGGGAAAAUACAAAUUAAGAUGAAGAGGUACAAGACAGAUAAAGGGAGCAGAGGAUUCCUGGCAGACAACAGAAUGUUUUUAGACUUGAUAAAACACAGCACCAGUAGAUGGCAUAGUUCCCAAAUCAUAUGUGACUGUGAAGACUUAACACAUGAUUCCUGACUCUGGGAUCUUGGUUUCUAUGAAUUUAAAGAAUAGCAGACGUUGGAUUGUUGUCGUAACUGACACCUUAACACGACGGAAGCAACAGAUAUGGUGCAUGUCCUGUUAACGCCUCUGUGUGGUCUGCAGUCAUCCCUGCUGCCAGUUAGACUUUAACCUUCCACUCAACUUUCCAAUAUUAUGCUUGGAUACAGCACUGUGUGAAAAGACAGUUUUAUUAGCAAUUAGCUUUUUUAAGACUUUUUUUUUUAGGACAUUUUUAAUUCUAAGUGUUUAUGAACUUUCACCAAAUGAACCUCUAUAGGCAACAUAGAUGCUGUUUUCUGCAGCUGCUCAGGAGCUAGACUGUCCUUCCUUAUCAUUGGUAUAAAACUGUUAUUUUGUCUGCCUGUUGUCAGAAUCCACACAUAACCAACUCUGAGGCUCACUUGGACCUUUAAUCUGUUCAUGAGUUUUUGAUCUUGCGUCUUCGAUACUGAAUAAACCUGAUUGAGUGAUUUUCACCUAA